AUGACUAAGGGUACCACUUCGUUCGGACGUAGAUUGACCAAAUCUCACGGCCUCUGCGUACGCUGCGGCAAGAGAUCUUUCCAUACUCAGCAGAAGCACUGUGCUUCUUGCGGCUUCCCCAACAGGAAGAUGCGAAGCUUCAACUGGUCAAUCAAGGCUAAGCGUCGUCGCACCACCGGUUCUGGUCGUUGUCGUUAUCUCAAGCUUGUCGACCGCAGAGCUAAGAACGGCUUCAAGGAGGGUACUGUUGCUAAGAAGGCUGGCGUCGCUGCCUCCAACUAAGGGGAGUAGCUCAGCUUGUAUGGUCUAUACGACUGUUCCUGGUACUUUCGAAG